CUGGGCUCCUGAGUAAGGGCCAGGGCUCCGGUGAAACCCGCACCAAGCUCCAGCUCCAGUGGGGCCAUCCUGCAUGCCUAAUCGGCUAUUUAAGGAGCUGUUCACCAGCAGCCUGGGCAGCCCCCCCCUCCCCACAUACACCCGUCCAGAGCCACCUUAAAAGCAGGAGGCAGUUGUGAAGUGGCUGGCCAGAAAGUGGACUGAAGACUGCAGAGGGAGAUAAAGACAGAGGGCAGAGAGAAAGAGAGAGCGAGAGAGGCAGCAGGAGAUUUGUCCUGGGGAUCCAGAAAUCCAUGGUACCCUACUGAAAACCGAGUCCCCUAGCAGCCCACAGAGACAGAGACAGCAAGAGAACAAGAGAUAAAGACACUCAUCGCCAAGAACUCUCCUCUCCUCUCUCCCCUCUCCUCCUCCACCCCAGUCCUCCAAUCCCUACAUUUCCAGUCCUCUGUGCCCCUUCCUGGGAUACCAUGUUGUUCUUCGCCCUCCUACUAGAGGUGAUUUGGAUCCUGGCUACAGAUGGGGGUCAACACUGGACAUACGAGGGCCCACAUGGUCAGGACCAUUGGCCAGCCUCUUACCCUGAGUGUGGAAGCAAUGCCCAAUCCCCCAUUGACAUCCAGACAGACAGUGUGACAUUUGACCCUGAGUUGCCUCCUCUCCAGCCCCAUGGAUAUGACCAGCCUGGCACGGAGCCUUUGGACCUGCACAAUAACGGCCAUACAGUGCAACUCUCUCUGCCUCCUACCCUGUAUCUGGGUGGACUUCCCCGAAAAUAUGUAGCUGUCCAACUCCACCUGCACUGGGGUCAGAAAGGAUCUCUAGGGGGGUCAGAACACCAGAUCAACAGUGAAGCCACAGCUGCAGAGCUCCAUAUUGUACAUUAUGACUCCGAUUCCUAUAACAGCUUGACUGAAGCUGCUCAGAGGCCUCAGGGCCUGGCUGUCCUGGGCAUCCUUAUUGAGGUGGGUGAGACUAAGAAUAUAGCUUAUGAACAUAUUCUGAGUCACUUGCAUGAAAUCAGGCAUAAAGAUCAGAAGACCUCUGUGCCUCCCUUCAACGUGAAGGAGCUGCUCCCCACACAGCUUGGGCAGUUCUUCCGUUACAAUGGCUCGCUCACCACUCCCCCCUGCUACCAGAGUGUACUCUGGACAGUCUUCAGUGGAAGGGUCCAGAUUUCAAGGGGGCAGGUAAGUGGUGGCAGGGUGAGGGAAAGACAUAGUUGUAACUUCAGACCCUUUCCCACUCCCCAAAGUGGCACUUUUCCCACUCUUCUACUCCUCAGCUGGAAAUGCUCCAGGAGACAUUGUUCUCCACAGAAGAGCCCUCCAACCUCCUGGCACAGAACUACCGUGCCCCUCAGCCUCUCAAUCAGCGCACAGUCUUUGCUUCUUUUGUCCAAGUGGGAUCCUUGUACACCACAGGUAAGACAGCCCUACCCAGGUACUGGGAAGGCUCUCAGUAAAUGGAGGAAAGGCUCAAUAUCUGUUAGUCCUCAGCUGACACCUCCUACUUUCCCUCUCCCAGGUGAAAUACUGAGUCUGGGUGUGGGAAUCUUGGCUGGCUGUCUCUGCCUUCUGCUAGCUGCCUAUUUCAUCGCUAGAAAGAUUCGGAAGAAGAGGCUGGAAAAUCGGAAGAGUGUGGUCUUUACCUCAGCACGAGCCACCACUGAGGCAUAGACUACCUAUCAAGAUACCAUGGAUGUGCAUACCUUCACUUCAUGCCUAUCAGGGAGCCAGGAAAUCCUGUAAGAGUAGAGGGUAGACAUCCCCUUUCCUCCAGACACCCCUGACAUAUGAACCCAGGCUCUCAAGAGAGCAAGCCUUCAGAGUCUCAAAACAUGCCUGAGAUCAGGAGGUCCCUGUGUUGAUUAUGCAGAGAACAAAUUGUGUUUAGUUGUAGGGAAAGUUUGGGAUGUGCCCCCAAGUCCCUCUCUCCCACCUUUAUGUCCCUUUCCCUAAAUACACUAUAGGAUCUCACCUUAGGAAAAGGAAUUGCUGUUAAAGUUAUAAUUUUUUUUGCUCAAUGUAUUUGGAAAUUAAAGUUUCUGGUUUUAAUUCUGACCUAGCCUUUGGGACAAAUUCCUCAAUCCCUUGGGUGGUAGAGAUGGCCAAAGGAUAGGGAAUAAGAAGCAUGGAUGAUUAACGCCUUUUAUCCCAUCCUUGGAAGCGAAAAUUCACUUC